UGGCCAGAGGAGCAGAGAGGCUGAAACCAACCCAGGAACUUCCAUCUCACACACCCAAGCUCCUGCGCUCCCCUCUGCCAUGAAGGUCUCCACAGUGCUUCUGUGCUUGCUGCUCACAGCGGCCACGUUCAGCAUCCAGGUGCUUGCUCAGCCAGGUUCGGUUUCCAUCCCAAUUACCUGCUGCUUCAGUGUGGUCAAAGGGAAGAUCCCCAUGCAGAAGCUGGAGAGCUAUACAAGGAUCACCAACAGCCAGUGUCCCCAGGAAGCUGUGAUCUUCAAGACCAAAACAUCAAGGGAACUCUGUGCUGACCCCAAGCAGAAGUGGGUCCAGGAUUUCAUGAAGCGAUUGGACCAAAAGUCCCAAACCCAGAAGCCUUGAAUGUUUACACCUGGACUAGAGAGACAGAGCCUGAGGAAAAUCUUAUUUAUUUCCCCCAAACCUCCCCAAGGGCAGAGUGAUGUUAUUUUAUUACAGUCCCAACAAGAGGCACUUUGUGUAAUAAUUUAAAGUACAUUUUUUAUGUAUUAUUUAAUUACACUUAAGUUAUUGAUGUUUUGACUUUAUCUGCUAUAAAUCCUAGUAAAUGUAAAGUAUAAAA